AUGCUUCUGCAAGCAUUACUUAUAGCGGGCGUUGUGUAUCUGCUGAUCACUCAUCUGAUCGAGCGGAAAAAGCUGCAAAAAAUUAACAAACACUUCCCAGGGCCGAAACCGCUACCGGUAGUUGGUAAUUUGCUCCAGUUUGCCUUUUUGGACAUACCCGGUGUGUUUGAGCGUGUGGUCGAACUGCACGAGAAGUAUGGCCAGGAUUACAUGAUGUGGUCCCUGUUCAACUGGACCAUUAUUUUGAUGACCAGCCGAAAGAAUGUGGAAAAAGUCCUACUAGCAAAGCAGACGGAAAAAGCUCUACUGUACCAGUUCAUCGAGCCCUGGCUUGGUACCGGGCUGCUGAUCGCGAGCGGUGAAAAAUGGUUCCAGCGCCGUAAGAUCAUCACACCGACGUUCCAUUUCAAAAUUUUGGAACAGUUUGUGCGGGUGUUUAACACGGAAACGAACACUAUGGUGAAACUGCUCAGGAAGCACGUCGGUGGGAAAGAGUUUGACAUUUACGACUACGUCACGCUGAUGGCGCUGGACAGUAUCUGUGAAACGUCGAUGGGAACGACGGUCGAUGCGCAACACAAUCCGGACAAUCAAUACGUGCAGAAUGUUAAGCGAAUGGCAGUGCUGGUGCUACUGCGAACGAUCAGCAUUGUUGGACCGUACCCGACGCUGUACAACAUUUUUCAUCCGAAUGCCUGGGAGCAGCGUAGAGUUAUUAAGCAGCUGCACGACUUCACCGAUAACGUGAUUCGUAGCCGCCGAGCUCAGCUGGCCAAAGAGAAGUCGGAGAAUGUUGCGUUUGAUUUAACCGAGGAAAAUUUGUACUCCAAGCGCAAGCUUACCUUCCUCGAUCUGCUACUAAACGUAACGGUUGAGGGUAAACCGUUGAGCAAUCUGGACAUCCGCGAGGAAGUGGAUACGUUUAUGUUCGAGGGCCACGACACAACAACCAGUGGCAUCUCGUUUACGAUCUACGAACUGGCCCGCAACCCGGAUGUACAGGAGAGGGUGUACGAAGAGAUUGUGGCGGUGUUGGGCAAAGAUCACAAAACUGCCGAACUUACGUAUCAGAACCUGCAAGAAUUCAAGUACCUCGAUCUGGUGGUAAAGGAAGGUCUUCGCAUGUAUCCACCCGUGGGCAUCAUCGGUCGUGCACUAGUGGAAGAUUUAGAGCUCAAUGGCACCGUUGUACCGGCGGGACAAAACAUCCUGGUACCGAUUUACGUGAUUCAUCGCAAUCCCGAGAUCUACCCGAACCCGAACCAAUUCAAUCCGUCACGUUUUUCGGAGGAUGCCGAAUCGAAGCGUGGUCCCUUUGACUAUCUACCGUUCAGCAUCGGGGCACGGAACUGUAUUGGGCAGCGGUAUGCACUGAUGGAGAUGAAGGUUACCCUCAUCAAGCUGAUUGCCAACUAUCGCAUACUGCCCGGUGAAUCGCUGGGCAAGUUGCGUGUAAAGACUGAUCUUGUACUUCGACCGGACAUCGGUAUUCCGGUGAAAAUUGUACUCCGCGAGUAA